AUGUGUGAAGAAGACCAGUAUAUGAUGGCGUGGUCUCGAUAUCAGUUUAACCUUGAUCGCAUUGCGGAAAGGUACUGUAACGCAUCAAAUAGGCGUGAAUUGGCCUAUGAAGCGCUAGAGAGAGAUUUCGGGGAUGCAAGUAUUUCAUCACCGGUGGUGGAAUUGAAGGAUGGAAGCAACACAGAAGUUUGUGAACGCCUCAAUGAGGAUUUUGAAAAUGAAUAUGGCAAACGCAUACUUCUGAAGAUUAUUAAUGGAAAUCGAAAUGCGGGACGAAGUAUUUCCGAUGAUGAAGAGCUUAGAAACUAUUACUCCAAUCAUCUGUUUGAUGGACAGUUUGAUUGUAUUGGAAAAUAUGCUUCCGAAUUCAUAGAGCGUGUUAACAAUGGCAGUAUGAUGACGAACUGCAUUGAAGAAGGGCCGUAUGGAGGAAAAGCUAAGAAACCUAGAAAAAAUGGACCCACCUAUGAUCGCGUUAUUGAUAUGAUUACAUCACCGGUCAAAGAAGGUCCAAUUAAAAUCCGUACAAAUAACAAACUGACCAAAUCGAAAAAUAGCGCAGGAGAGCAGUCUUCAUCGGACGAGGGACAACUUACUCGUGCAAGGGAUGAAACAUUCCUGCAUUCAUGGUUCUAUGAAUUGGGACAAUACUGUGCUCGUGCUAACUUUAUCCAGGACCGCAGUUUUCGUUCUCGUGCAGCGCACAAUGCGCGACGCAGUGCAUACCGUAACCUUGGCUAUGUAAAUAUGGCAGAUCAGUGA